AUGGCAUUGACGGUCCGUUCGAUGAUUGGAAAUUAUACUGAAAAUGAAUGGAUAUCAGAUGACUUCCUUCUACAACCGAUGUGGGAUUAUCUUCGUCUAGAAAUUGGAGAUUUCUGUCGUUCUCCAUUAUUUCCUGUCCUGAUCAGUGUGGCAUUUUAUUUUGUGUUGAAUUUACCCUUCAUGAUUAUGGAUAUAAAAGGUGAAAGUUGGCCGCGGAUAUAUAGUAACAAGAUCCAGCAAAAGCCAGUAAAGUUGGGCAAGAUGAAGGAAGCCAUUGUUUGUUCUUUACAGAACCAAGUGCUUUUUGUGCUUCCCGCUGCCAUCUACCAGUGGCUAUUUAGACCACCCAUUUCUCUGUCAGUCCAGGCACCUUCUGUGGCGGAAUUUGUGCUGGGACUGUUGGGCAAUAUGUUGAUAUUUGAUUUUCAGUAUUACUGGUGGCACAGGCUUCACCACAACUACAGAUUCCUGUAUAAAUAUGUGCACAAGUUACACCAUGAGCACAAUUCACCUUGUUCUUGGACAACACAGUAUGUAACAGGAUGCGAACUAGUUGCUGUGGGAAUAUUUGCAAAUCUUAAUCCACUUAUUUUGAAUCAACAUUUUCUUACCACGCACGUGGCAAUAUUGAUGAAUAUCUACGUAUCAGUCGAGGCACAUACCGGAUAUGAUUUCCCGGGGUCGAUGGCGUCUGUAUCGCCUUUCAAUCUAUGGGGAGGAGCACCUAAACAUGAUAUGCACCAUCAGAAGCCCUUGACUAAUUUUCAACCUUUCUUCACGUACUUGGACAACAUAUUCGGAACAUCUUCAGACGCUGCACACUGUGAAUCACGUGAUCCUCUGAAGAAACAAAAAAUAAUCCUUGCUACAAGUAACUGAGCCGAAAUAUGGAAUUGGAUAGAGGCGAGAAUAUAAUUCCACGAAACCUCUUUCAGUAUUCCAAAUCAAAAUAACGAAAUCAGCAAAGUUUAAUGUAAUGGCAUUUAAAAAAAAAGUGGAAUAUGACGGCAUCGAGUAAAUGAUCGGAAAACAUGGCAACUCCAUGAUUAUUUCUGAGAUACGAAUCGCAUGAUUCAAUUUCUACCUAUAAAACUGUAAU